AUGAUAUCAACACCAGAUACCUUUUCCAUUAAUGGUACUAAUGGUGUUAUUAAUGGUACCAAUAAUACCAAUGUUACUUCUACUAUUAUCAAUGGAACAUUUCAUAAACAACAAAAAUGGUUCACUGAUAAAAAGCAAUAUGUCGUAAAUGUAUUACUAAUUAUUGCUUUAUUACUCAUUUUACUUGGUAUAUUAAUGGUUUUUGGACGAAAUAGCAGAAGUAUACCUGUAAAGGUAUCAAAGGUAGAAAAAAUUGGGAAUGUUGAAAAUGAUAAUGAUGAGUAUUCCAGUAUGGUACAAUUACAACAGACUGAAUUUAACGAACAAUCAUCUGAUGAGAAUACAAGUUUUACAUCAUUGCCAACGACUAGUAAUAGUCAAAGUUUUGAUGCAUCACAAUGUGUCACACCAAUUGAGAGUAAGAAAUGUCUUCGAAUUCGGCGUAAAAAUUUUCAAAAUGAUGGAAAUAUACCAUCAGAAGAUUUUGUCGCCAAUUUGGGACAUUUUAUGGGAUGGCAUCCAAUACAUUACGAACUUAAUAUAACCAUUAAUCGAGAUGCGCGAACAUCGUUUACAGGCAAUGUUAACAUUUAUAUUAAAGCAGCUGAAACAACUUCAUUAAUAUCAUUACAUGUUGGUCGUUCCAUCUCUGAUAUUUCAUUAUCACAAAUAACAGCUUAUAAUUGUAGUACAGGCGAAAUUUCAUGUGUCACAUCAAUAGUUUAUCAUCAAAAUGAUGAAGUAUUAUCAGUGGAAUUCUCGGAACCUAUUGAUAUUGGGCAUAUUGUUGUCUUACAAAUUAAAAAUUUUUCCAGUUUACAAGCCUCUACCGGUUUAAUUGUUAAAAGACCACAAAAAUGGGAACCUAAACGGCCAUGGACAGUAACGACAUUUUUUCAACUUCGUAAUGCUCGAUCAGUUUUCCCGUGUUUUGAUUUACCAAUUAUGAAAGCAACGAUGAAAAUGUGUAUCAGUCAUCCAGCUGGAACUGAAGCGCGAUCAAAUACAAAAAUAUUAUCCAUUUCUAAAAGUAACAAUCAAAUUAAUUCAUGCUUUGAACCUACACCACCAAUGAGUAGUUAUUUGUAUGCAUUUACUGUAUUUGACCGGAUGAGUUCAAUGAAAGAAGCGGAAAAACCGAAAGAGUAUUUACCGGAAAUUGAAGUACUGUAUUCUGAAGAAGAUAAUUUGAUUAAACCUGAUUGGAUUAGCACUGAAGCAAUACAUGCGCUAAAAGUAAUGGCAAAUAUUAGCAAUUUUCAAUAUCCAUUGAAUAAACUCACCUUGAUGGCAUCAUUUUUACCUGUUUAUGGACAAGAAAAUUUGGGCCUUAUCAUAUUGGAUGAACGAUUUGUAGCCUAUCCAAAAUAUCGCUUGGCUCAUACCAUUCUUGCGCAUGAAAUUGCCCAACAAUGGAUCGGUAAUAUUGUUACGGUUAAAAACUGGAAAGAAAUCUGCUUACAGGAAGGUUUAAGUACCUAUUUGGAAUGGAUGAUCACAAAAUCAUUGGAUAAUUCAACCGAAAUCGAUGAAUUAAUUAGUGAGAAACGUCGUGAAGGUAUUAUGAAAGAUAGUACAACUUCAACAACCAUUGUUACAGAAUUUCGUUCACCUGAAGAUAUUUCACGAUGUUUUGAUAAAUCAGCAACAUUCUUUAUUAUGCUUGAACUUGGAUUUGGACAAGGGACAGUGACAAAACUAAUCAAAUUACUUAUGCAGCGUUAUUCUUUUGCUAAUGCUGGAAUAAUGGAAUGGCGUAAUGUGAUCGAAGAAGCUGCUAAUAAUGUCAUAGCUGGUGAAUUCUUUGAGAAAUAUUUCAUGCAACCUGGCUUACCACUUAUUCGUGUCACCCCCACUACAGAUGGAUUAAAAUUGACGCAAAGUGUGACAGUUAUGAAACAAGUGACAAAUGUAUCUCUAGCUAUUAUACCAUUGGAUGUAGCUGUUAUUGAUGUACCCGAUCGAAAAGUGGUUAUUUUAAGUAAUGAAACAGAAAUGAUACCAUUAAAACAUAAUGGAUUAAUAGUAAUUGAUCCAGAUAGACGUACGCAUACUGUAAUUGUUUAUGAACCCGAAGUUUAUUUACGUUUGGUGCAAUGUGCUGAAAUAUCAUCAUGUUCAGAAUUCCUAAAACCAGAAACGAUGAAACGUAUUUCAGACGAUUUUUGUUGGGCUUUUUUGGGUAAUCAUUUUACAAUACCUGAAAAUAUGCCUCAUAAAGCUCAACUUUGGAUGCAAUUUAUGCAAAUUUUAUCGGGAACAAAAUAUGUGCAUGGUUCUUGCGCAUGCUGUAUGAAUAAGAAUUUGGAGAAAUCCGGAUCAGUAAGAUGUAGUUGGCAUUGGAAUGAUGUAUGUGAGGAACUUAGCUUACUUGAACAAAUUCAACAUUUCACAUAA